AUGUGCUCGCGAUACGCGAUUGGAUUGGAUGCCUGGGUAGUGGGUAUCAGGUUCCGGGCCAGGCCCCGCCGGAUGCCAUGUGCUCGCGACUGGAUGGGAUAUGCCUGGGUAGUGGGUAUCAGGUUCUGGGCCAGGCCCCGACGGCCACCUGCUCACUCCACUGCCUGCGCGGCCACAGCGAACAGCAGGCGAGAAGAGGAGCUGCUAGGAAGCAGCGGGGCAGCCGAGGCAAAGGAGCGAUCGAGACAUGGAGGCGGGCGGCGCGCUGGCGCCCGUGCUCCUCGCGGCCUUCUCCCUGCCGACUGCCGUGCGUCCUGCUCCUCCUCCUCCUCGCGCUCGGCAAGACGGGGCCUCGCCGUCGCGGUCGACCGGCGGCCCGACGGCCCCGACCCGGAGUGCGUGUUCUGCCUGUCCGCGGUCAGCGACGGCGAGGUGGUGCGCGAGAUGCAGUGCCGCCACGUGUUCCACCUCGCCUGCCUCGUCCGCCCGCGCGCCACCUGCCCGCUCUGCCGCGACACGCCGACACCCUCCUCCCCGCGGCCGCGGACACGCCCCUCCCGCAACGCCUACGACGGCGCCGACACCGCCGGCUACGGCUUCGAGUUCGGCGGCGACUCGCUCCCCUCGUCCGUCCACGCCACGGCGGCGCGCUCUGGCACAUGACCUGAGCACAUCCCCUGCCUUAUUUUUGUUUGUUGUACUUGUAGUUAAUCCAUGGCCCACUCCAUUCCUUACGAUCGAGCUGCUUCUAGCUGCUCAACCGAUGGAUCAUCCGUCUCUUGUCGGACCGACGGGGCUUGCAGCUCUGUACAGAGGGGCGAAGCCAGACCACAAGUUCACCGGGUCCUGUCAUUCAAACGAUGGGGUCAUUAAGCACUAUUAUAACAUGUAUGAACAGUGAUUUCCAUUGGGUUUUACAAAAUUCGACGGGUCGGCGGACCCGGUGAGAAGCUGCAGCUCCACCCCCUACUCUGUAGUGACCUGUUUCGCUGGUGGCAACUUACUCCAUUCCAAAAUAUAGAGAGUUUUAAUUUUUUUAGAUUUAUAAAUU